GCUUUAAGACCUGCAGGAUGGAGUGUUCUCAUUAUGUCUCGCGAGCUUCUACAGACAGUCGAGUAUAAAAGUCUCUCGCGCUAAAUAUCCUCCCAAACUUGGCAGUGUAAUAAGGUUCUGACCAACACGUGCGUAAAACCAAACCCCACCAUGUCGUCCUCGGAACACCAGACGUUCUGCUCCGAACCCAUGCGGGGCAAACCGGUAACCGCCAUCCCCGGGAUAGGCGAGGUCGCCGGGGCCCAGCUGCAAGCUCAAGGGUUCCCCAAAGCCACCGACGUCCUCGGCAAGUACCUGACUAUGCGUGAGAACCCCGACGACUUCCAGGGAUGGCUGAAGGAGGUCUGCGGUGCCAACGCUACCCAGCUGGAGGACUGCUACAAUGCUAUGCGGGAGUGGUGUCAACACAAUCUGUAAUAGAGGCCAAGUGCCCAGUUUGAAAAAGUUCUGAUGUCAAGUACCCUGUUUAAAAAAAAAAGGUUGUGAUGCCUCUUUAUUGUAUUAGGUGGUUGGCCACGUUUUUUUUUCCAUCUUCUUUCUUCCUUAAUUCAAUUUCUUUAUGCUAUCCAACUAAAUCACGUUCAUUUCAAUGCAUUCAUUGGUUGGACACAGUAUAAGAAACACAUUGUAAUCUUGUUCAAUAAAUAUUGGCAUUUUGUGUUGA